CAACUCAAGUUUACACCAACUACCCUUUUUUUUCCUUUCACUUUUCUUCUGAAAUUGUUCCCAUUUUCACUCUGAUUUACCCCCCCACCAAAUGAUGUGUUUCUUUCCGCACAUGCCAACCCCGAACUCAUAGGGUCUUUCUCUGUGUUCUUUCAGAUCAUUUUCUCUUUCUCUUUUCCUAUUUUCAGGUUUUAGUUUGAAUGGGGAUUCAGACAAUGGGAUCUCAAGGUAAUGGGCAACAGUCUCAUUUACAGUCUUCAUCUUUGUCUAGGCAAGGUUCAUGGUAUAAUCUUACUCUUGAUGAGGUUAAUAGUCAAUUAGGAGACUUAGGGAAGCCAUUGGGUAGCAUGAACCUUGACGAGCUUCUUCAAAAUGUGUGGACUGCCGAAGCAAGUAAGUCUUCGGUGAUAGGUGCGGAUAGUGAGAACAUUUCGUCCUCUUCCUCCCUUCAGCGGCAGGCCAGCCUGACGCUGGCUCGUGCAUUGAGUGGGAAGACUGUGGAUGACGUGUGGAGGGAAAUUCAGCAAGGGCAGAAGAAAAGGUAUGGAGGGGAAGUGAAAACUCAGGAGGGAGAAAUGACUUUUGGUGAGACAACCUUGGAAGAUUUCUUGGUGCAAGCAGGGCUUUUUGCUGAAGCUUCUAUCAGUCCAGCUGUGGGGUUGGAUACAAUGGAUUUCUCAGCAGCUCAAGGUUUCCAGCAGAAAACGGGCUUGUCUUCAUCCCCUUCUAUUGGCAGUUUAUCGGACACGAGACCGGGCAGGAAAAGGGAUGCUCCUGAUGCAUAUGAGAAAACCCUGGAGAGGAGGUUGAGGAGGAAGAUCAAGAAUAGGGAAUCUGCUGCUAGGUCACGAGCUCGUAAACAGGCUUACCAUAAUGAACUGGUUGGCAAGGUUUCCCGUCUAGAAGAAGAAAAUGUAAAGCUAAAGAAAGAGAAGGAAUUUGAAGAAAGGUUUACUCCCGAUCCAUUGCCUGAACCAAAAUAUCAACUUCAAAGACAUAACUCUGCCCCUUUCUGACAUCUGCAAUGGAGUUUUCUGGCUAUUCAUGUUCUUGAUUUGAUGAGGACAUGUCCAGGACUAUAUCACUGCAAUGCUCAUUGCUGUUGCCACUGCUUUGCAUUUUCUCUGGCAGAGGACGGUUUGCUCUAUAUCUACAAUUAGCUAACUAUAGGGGUACAUACGCAGCAAAGGUUUGAUGUUCAUAAGCUUUAGCUUUGGUUGGAAACGGUAUCAGGAAAUAUUGGAAGCCAAUGGAAACCUGAAAGUUAGUUACCUUUUUGUAUAAUGGUUAUAUGUGUGUAUUAGGGCAAUUGUUAAGCAGUUAAGUUAUUGAAAGGUGACUAGAAAAAAGCUGAAACUAGGUAAGGUAGGUAUUGUUAGCAGUUCUGAACUGCAAUAUUGUAUUAGAUUAAAUUGAUAUUUGUCUACAAGUUUUUAAGGGAUAUCAAGUUAUGAGAAUUAGUAUGCUCUGUAGAGAUAGUUUUCCAGAAAAGAUGAAAUAACAAAAGAAACGUUUGUUUAUUA